AAAAUAAUAACAAACCAGUGGCAAGAGUUUUAUGUUUCAUAUAUUUACUUUUUUAUUUAUUAAGUGAAUGGGUUAAUUAAAUUUUUCUCAUUUAAAUAAUUAUAUAAUAAUAAGAUUCCAGAUGCCCUAUAAUCAGUAAAAGAAUCAAUCAUAUUUAUUAUUAUAAUCAAUUGAAUUUCAUACUCUACCAUAUUUUCUGAAAUUUGGAAUUUCCUAAUAAGAAAGAACUAUGUCUUCCUAUCUUCGGGGAUCUACCAAUUAUGUGUGGUCAACUACAAGUAUCUUGGGCAAAGGAGCAACAGCAACUGUUCACCAGGGGGUCAACAAAGUUAACGGAGAACCAGUUGCUGUUAAGACAUUUAAUCAUAUUUCCACCCUGAGACCCCAAGAAGUUCAGCUUAGAGAGUUUGAAGUAUUGAGAAAAGUAAACCAUGAAAACAUAGUAAAACUAUUAGCAAUAGAAGAGGAACAAGAAAAUAAAGGCAAAGUAAUUGUAAUGGAACUAUGUACCGGAGGCAGUUUAUUCAAUAUAUUGGAUGAUCCAGAAAAUACUUACGGAUUGGAAGAAGGCGAAUUUUUGCUGGUUUUGGAACAUUUGUAUGCAGGAAUGAAACAUUUAAGGGAUAAUAAUUUGGUUCACAGAGACUUAAAACCUGGGAACAUUAUGAAAUUUAUCAAAGAUGACGGCACGACGGUUUAUAAACUGACUGACUUCGGUGCAGCGAGGGAGCUUCCCGAUGGACAACAGUUUGUUUCUUUAUAUGGAACAGAAGAGUACCUCCAUCCAGAUAUGUAUGAACGAGCAGUACUGCGUAAAAAUGCCAAUAAAACAUUUGGAGCCACCAUUGAUCUCUGGUCCAUUGGAGUAACUCUUUAUCAUGUUGCUACUGGUAACUUACCUUUUAGGCCUUAUGGGGGUAGGAGAAACAAGGAAACCAUGCAUCACAUUACCACCAAAAAGGAAAGCGGAGUUAUUUCGGGAAUUCAGACCAAAGAAAAUGGCCCUAUUGAAUGGAAACGGGAUCUUCCGGUUAACUGUCAACUCAGUAUGGGAUUGAAAAAAAUCGUGACACCCUUGUUGGCUGGUUUACUUGAGGCUGACCAUAAAAAAAUUUGGUCAUUCGACCGAUUUUUUAAAGAAGUUGACUUGGUUUUAUGCAGAAAACCCAUUAAUAUUUUUCAUAUCAAUAAAUCUGUAUUAAUAAAAGUGUAUAUCGAUCCUAAAGAGACCUAUCAACAGUUGCAAGAAUAUAUCAACGAACAGACCGACAUCACUCCAGAAAACCAGAUAAUUUUGCAUCAAACCAACUUGUUUACUAAUUUGGUGGAAGAAUAUGUGUGUGCCACUGGUUUUCCCCAAACAACUGAACAGGAACCGUUAUUUUUAUUCUCAAAGGAGAAUAAUAAUGUUAAUAUUGCUCCUUUUCAAGAAUUAGCGAAAUUUAAUGAAUUUAGUACAGUCAUCUCAGUGGAAAAUGAUGCCAGCCAUGCAAAAUUUGCGUGUAGUAUCGGACAUCAAGCUAAAAGGCAAAUUGAAAGAUACUCUUUGUAUAGUAAACUUAUAAGAGAUACUGUUGACAAUUUCACCAAAUAUAUUAACACAAACCUGAAAGAAUUAUACCAAAAUGCACAAAACCUAAAAGAUAAAACUGACAUAUUGGAGAACAGUACAAAAAUGUUUGAGCUGGCUCAGAAAUUAGCCAAUUAUAAUAAUUCCAAGAGCUCAGAAGAUCUGACCAACAUUAGCAAGGAUUUCAACGGCUUAAUUCUCCAAGGAGUUUCCAGUUUAUAUAAAAAACAUUUUCAAGACAAUGACUUAAAACUUCAAUGGGAUAGUUUAAGUCGAGAAUUGGGCUGUCCACAUAAAAAUUUAGCACCAAAUCGAGCAAAAACUUUAGUGGAGCAUUUAAGGGAUUCUUGGCAACAUUUGGUACGGGAUAGAGCAACAAGAACUCUAUCUUACAAUGAUGAACAGUUUCACAUACUGGAAAGGAUAAAAAUCACAGAGACGAUGAAUAGGAUUAGAAAGUUGCUAGAGCAAGAAGUAUUUGCGCAGUAUGAGGCGCUUUCUGAACUGUUCGGUGAUUGGUAUAAGAUGGCCCAGAAUGUUCAUUUAAAGAGUGACAUUUUAGCCAGCGAUGUUGAUAAAUAUGAAUUUAAAUUAAAAGAUUUCGAGGAAAAGUUUACCGUGGAUUGUUCUGAUUUUAGUGACUAUGUAGCCAAAUGUGAUACUAAUAUUGAAAAAAAGUCUGCAAAUUCCAGCAAAGGUGUAAGGAAUUUACAAAACCAAAAACUAAAGAAGUACUUGCAAAGUUUUAAGAAAGAUAGUGAUAGUAUUAAAGAUAUUUUGGCGACUAAUACAAAAUUAAUGAAUAUUCUUUUGGAUUCUACAUCAGAAUUAAAAGGAACAUUUUUGGAAGAGUAACUUUACUAUUUUAUUAUUUCUAUAGCUCCAUAAGGUAAAAAAAUAUUUUUUGUUUGUUAUUCAGUAUUAAUUAUAUUGUAUUGGUUAUUUUAUUUUAUGCAAGUGACUACCUAUGUAUUGUUCAUUUUAUAGUAAAAUAUUUUUCUAUAA